AAAAAAAGCGGGGAGGGACGGUUCGGUUAUAACGGCCGGGUAUGGUUUCCCGGAAGCUUUAGUCGCCGAAACACGACUGCGAUACGUUUCGAACGGUUGGUUCGAUACGCCACCGGGACUGAAUCGUUGGUUUUCGUUUUCAACGUUGCCUUAGAAUAGGGCAUUCAUUGCAAAGGACAGUUAGCCAACCAGGUGUAGAAGUCGGGUUCGGCUGGAUAGCUCCAACGAAUCGGGGUCUGUCUAAUUCAACUUGCCAGAACUUUGGGAUACUUCUGAAUCCUCGCCGAGCGUGUCGCUUUAGGCGAGAAAUACUUAUCUUACUAGUAUCGCCACUAGAAAGCAAGUACAAUCGCAAUUUUCAUCCAACUGCAGGCUUACUUGCUUGCGUAACGGUGAUGGUGCCUCGAAUAAUCUGGCAAGCUAGGCUCCAUAUUUUUAGUGGCCUACUCGUUCUGUUUCUGGCUUGCUCGACGCACACUGUGAAAUGCGCUAGCAUAGCUACGCAGUCUGGCCUUCCCACUGCUGGACAUACGGAUAUCCUAAGCUCUUGGAAUCCAACGGAGGCCACAAGUUCUCUCGGAAGCGAAGAGGUUUUUCGCCAAUCGCAGUCCAGUAGUGUACCGCAACACUUACCUGCACCGACUGGGUCGACAGAAACUGCUCGCCCUCCGCCUAGUGAAAAUGGACGCACUGCCACCGUGGCGACUUCGCGAGCGACGCGGUCGACAACGCUCAAUGAGUCGAUGGGCGCAAAAACCAGGACAUCAGCGACAACCUCCACUACCAGUAGCGCGUUGGAUACAAAGCGGGAAGCACCAUCUUCGACCACGGAUUCGUAUGAACCAAGAAAAUCGAAGUUUAUCGAAGACGUCAAGGCCACCAUUAAGCAUAUAAUGUCGACCAUGGGCAGCGGGCUCGCGCGGAGGCUACUGCAAGCUGAUAUAUCCACGGAAUGCAGCCUCGGCGUGCUGAAGUUCAUGCGUGCAGUUCAGGAGCUCGAGCCGUGGGCCCUGAGACUGGUUGACUCUACGGCCAAGUACCCGAACGGUAUGCUGCAGGCGUCCACGGCUGAUCUGGGCGCUUACGAUGAGUGCAUCGAGACAGUCGUGCGCGACGAAUACGGGGACGUGAAAGUGCGCGGCCAGUACUGCAACGUUCACGUGUCGCUCGGCGACGACCGUUCGUUCAUAGGCGACAUACUCCCUGCAUUCCUCUACUCACACAAAAGGGCCCAAAACUUUACUUCAUACGUCACAGACGAAAGGCUUCCCGGUCUCCGCCUCGGCGUGUGCUUCGUAAGCUCGUGUAGCGCGCAAGACCUCACCAACAUCGCCCGCACCCUGAUGGGAAAUGUGGCAAAAAUUGUUGUCAAGAACUGCGUGACAAAUGAGGAUGAAGCGAUAAACACCACACAAGCCUGGAUAAUAGGUUUUCUGGCAGUCCUCGCGGCUGUGAUCGUUGUUGCAACAGGCUUUGAGCUACUUACGGAAAAUUGGGACAAGAGCCGCAAGAAAGCCGUUCCAUACAGGUGCGCUGUGGCAUUCUCAGCAUUGUCAAACACAAGGCUGAUUCUGAGCGUCAACAAGGACAAAGAUUCUGAAACUUACUCUUACCGCUUCAUGCACGGCAUCCGCUUUUUGAGCAUCUUCUGGAUUUGCCUUGGCCACUCCUACGGAACCAUAACCGAAAACAUAACGAGGCUCGUUAACGCCCUUCACUACUUUGAGCGCUGGGAAACACUGAUCGUGACAGCAGGCUACUUGGCUGUGGACAGCUUCUUCUUCUUCAGUGGAUUUUUGUUGUACUACACACUUAGCAAGCAAAAGCGCAAUAGAGUUGUCGUGGCUGUGGUGGCAAUCAUCCGACGAUACUUAAGGGCCACCGUUCCGCUCUUCUUCAUGAUCAUGUGCAUGUACCUGCUGCCCCUGAUUGCAACGGGACCCAAUUCUAAGGAAUUCUACAACAGAUUCUACGCAGAAAUUCGCAACCACUGGUGGGACUUGUUGUUUCAGAUGCGCAACUGGAGGGCGGACGAGGAAGUGUCCACCAUGCCACACCUGUGGUACCUGUCUGCAGACUAUCAGUUCUUCCUGGUGGCGGUAGUGAUUAUCCAGAUCUUUAAAGCGAGGAAAUGGCUCAUCGCAUUAAUUUUCAGUGUAUUAUCCAUCGUGUCUUGUGGAAUCGCUGCCUGGCAGAUAUAUGGCACCAACAUGACGCCGUUCCUUGUGGCUGUGGCCAAUGAGUUCGGCACUGUGAUGGACACGCUGAACCACUACUACAUGCUUCCAUUCUACCACGGCGUCUGUUUCUUUUCUGGAUGCUUAACAUUCCUUCUCGUCGAGAGAUACGGAAAGGCAAAAAUCUCAAAGAUGAUCCAGGCCUCACUGUGGUGUAUCUGCCUGUUCUGUGGCCUGUACUGCCUGUUCAUGAAGAUCGACUGGUACCGAAGCAGCGAGCGGUCUUCCGAGACCAAGCGCAUGUUUUACGCCUUCACCGACCGCAUCUUUUGGUCCAUAUGUGUGGCAUGGUUCGUCUUCACAUGCGCUACUGGCAGAGGAGGAAUCGUGAACCGCUUCUUGUCCUGGAAUGGGUUCGUGCCACUGAGCCGGCUGUCGUUCGGCGUGUAUCUCAUCCACUCGCCCUUCUUCAUACUCAUGUACCACAUCGCCAGGGAACGUGUCUUCUUCUCGCACUUCACGCUGGUGUCCCAGUGCUUCGCCGUCGUAGUGUGGAGCUACAUCCUAAGCUACUUCCUCUUCAUCGCCUGCGACGCACCGACGGGACACCUCGAGAAGCUGGUGUUCAUGCCCGAGCGGCGAAAGGAAACCUCGCGGGCGGCCGUCGCGGCUAAUGGCGUCCAGCAUAACAGCAACAACAAUGACAAGGACUUGCCCGUCGGCAUCAUCGAGGAGGGUCCGAUCAAGAAUUAUUUCUCCGGAGCAGUGCCUCCUUCUUUAGGAGGAACGGGUCGCGAUGACAAAUGCUGCGUCGAGAAGAGUUGUCGCUUGUAAUGUGAAACCAGGCUAACAAUCGUUGUUGGGCAGUCUGUACGAGGCGUGACAAUCGUCCACCGAUUGGUGCUUCUGCGUACCCUUGCGGGCAAGCCAGAGCGGUCUCAGAAAAAAAGACAGUACAUGAGUCUAUGUGUUCGGUGCAUUGCGUGUGCAGGUGCGCAACUUUGUGCGGGAAAGAAUUACGCCGUAUUUGAACAAGGUUACCGCCUGAAGAACUCUCGCCGGGGAAAGCGGCGACGGGUUUUCGAAACUGAUUGCUUUUGCUGACGUCAGUGCUACACGGCUUUUGCAACCGACCCACCUUGAGUCACUAUACGCGUCCCAUAAUGAGAGGACGUGGAAGCGUCCCUUGAAAGGUUUCCACCGUCACACAAUUGCUAAACAGUAAAUUCACCUACAUGUCUGCCGAAGGCUCAGGGCUAUCUACGGGUGCAACAUGCGGAAGUCCCCCCCCGCCCCCCUUUCAUUUGUUGUUCACCGUUUUCGGUAGCUUCAGCUGCUAUGCGGGGAAAAUGCGACUGCCCAUUAUUUAAACAGCCUGAAGCUUACUAAUGAGAUACAAGGAAUGCAAGAAGAAUGACGUGAGGGGCAAAUGUUUUGAGGUAAUAUAUUGCACGUAAAAGAAGCCUUGUAUAAACAGUUGGCUAUACUUAAUGUUCUAUGAAUGCAAAGAACGCAAUAACGUUGUGUUCAAGUUAUCGAGCUUUCUACGGCUCUGCAUAUGCGGAGAAAAGGCAAAAUGGUUGGCCAACAUAGUUUCACGUUCGCUCAUGAUGAAAGUCGUAUGCUGAGAAAAAAAAAAUCUUGUGCGUGAAUGACGACUUCGUAAAUAUUUGUUGUUUUAGUAGGAAACCUUCAAUUUGCACGCAUCACUUUCACAAUGUCGGCAUGUUGCAUUUUGCCGUAUGCGGACCUAUUUAUUUUCCAUAGAAUCAUGCGCUUUGCGCUGUGUAUAUAACUUGUAAAUAAAUUGUGUCAUGUGUUCUGAACCGAACUUGUCGAGUUAUUUUCGUAUCACUGGGUAGGGCACGGCAUUGCUAAAAAUACGUUGUAGGACAGCAAUGCAUUCGCAAUGUACAAAAUGUUGGACGCAUUUUCAAAACUAGAAAGUUUAUCAUAAGGUAUAAAAGUGGGAGACAACCUAUGAACGUUUUUGUGUUCCCGAUUAACUUGACCCUAAAAUUGGGAUUUUUUGUAGCCUCUGAUGUAGACCUCACCAGAAACAAAUUCGUAGGAUGUAAAUUUGCUGUAGUAAACGUGCAUGAUACAUUCUGACAAGAGAUAUGGGGUUCUCUUGUUUUUAUAAAACGGGGUGCCUCGCUUCGAAAAUACUCGUAAUUCUUAAGGAAACUUUUGAAAUGCGUAUAGGACUCCAUUACAAAGCUAAAUCUAUAGAGGAAAUAAGCCCUUCGACAUAAUUUCAACGAUCGCCCCUUGCUAAGGAAUAAUUGUUAGUUCACUAAUGCGUACUUUUCAAUGAUAAACUUAUUUGAGCCCCUGCAUUCCACACAA